AUGGCUGCCACAGCAAUCACUCCUACACAUCCCACACCGUCAACCGACAAGUCCUCUCAGAGCAUCGAAGCACAGGAGCUCGAAUUCGGGCAGGCGUGGGAUGGUGCUGGUCAGGCUCAAUCCCCAGUCAUUACCCGGCCUAACUUGGAACUUUGUGGCCGCCGCAAAUCGUCCGUCGCAUUCCAUACAGCCGGCGCUGAGGAGACGAUACGACGUGAGAGCAUAAUCAACCCACCUCCCAAGGUGCCCUCGCGAGAGUCGAAGCGAAUGUCGUCGCCUCCGCCACCGUCGCACUACAGUCGAGGCGUUUCGUUCGACACAUUCGACAACAAGGAAGCAACGGACGAAAGCUUCACCCUCAUUUACAAACACCGAGACUAUGCCAGUAGUGCACGGAGUCGGACAUUCUUGUGUGGCACAGAUGCAAAGGACUACUCAGAGUAUGCACUGGAGUGGAUGAUGGACGAGCUGGUAGACGACGGAGACGAGAUCGUGUGUCUGCGCGUGAUCGAGAAGGAGGACAAACCAGCAAUCCUGGCAAAAUAUCGACGCGAGGCAGAGAAACUGCUUGACAGUGUCAAAAAGAAGAAUAGCUCAGAAGACAAGGCCAUCAGCAUGAUCAUGGAGCUUGCCGUCGGCAGAGUACAAGAGGUUUUCCAGCGCAUGAUCGGUCUGUACGAGCCUCUGCACUCGUCGUCGGAACACGAGGACGCAAUCUCGGCGUACUGCCUACAACACUCGCCUGUGCCCGUCAUCGUCGUGCGACCUUCGUCUAAGAGAAUGAAGAAGAAAAUGAAACGACAGCAAGAAUCUGGCCGCAGUCUGUAUACCACGUUGACCCAGCAAGCAGCCCAAACGGGCGGGCGUCACCUACGAGACAACAGCAUUGUUGAGUCACCACCCACAGCUGCGACCGACCAAGAAGCCGAAGCUGUUGCCAAAGCUAUUUCACAAGGAAGGAGGAAAGGCGGCAUCCUGAAGAACUACAAUUAUGGCGGGCCUCUGCAGCGCGUUACAUCCAACCCGUCCGAUGUUGCGUCUGAUGAAGAAGACCCAGCGACCAGCAGAUUCGCAUUGCCGAUUGGCUACCUGACGACCGAAGAAGCUCCUCGAGCAGACCUGGCGAUGCAGAGCCGAGAGUCGGUCGCGGCGCCGGGGGGCAAGACGGAGCGGAGCGGGAGUGAUGCGUUUAUGUCGUCGGCAGGCGAGGAGGAAGAAGCAGAGGAUGAUGGGUUCUUGAAUGUUGGACCUGCGAAGAUCGUUGAGCAUCGCCGACCGAGUAUGCGAGAGACGACGCCUUGGCUGGCGGAUAUCCUGAGGGACAAGCCGGCGCCGAGGAAUCGGAGCAGGAGUAGGAGUAGGAAUAGGGAUCCGAGUCUGGGGAGGAGUCCCGCGAGGGGGUCACGAUGA